UACUUGGCUAAAUGGACUUUGGAUAUUGCAGCAUGGGAAAAACAGAAAGCCGAGAAAACGAAAGAUAGAUGAAUAGAACAAAACGACAACUAAAUGGAUAAUUGGCCCUAGUUCUACUUCGAGUCAAAAACUUUAGUUAGUUGCUUUGAACACCUCGUGGCAAACAGACGUUUCUAAUCAAAUUUGAAUAUAAAAAAAAAACCAACUAGUUACAAAAAUUUUUAAGGAUAUUUAAAAACCUUAAAAAGGAUACAACCUUACUUAAUACUGCUAAUUAAUAAAAAGUCAAGACAUCAAUAGCGGAAUAAUUAAAUUGAAUAAAUCGGAAUAACACUUAAUUACUCAACUUUUUAUAAUCUUGUUCAAAAUGAAGUAUUUUGAAUUUUUGAGCCUCUCAUCAGUAGGCCUCAGCAUAGCUUGUGUAGACCUUCUUAUAGCCCUUAGCAUUUUGGGCCCAUCGAGUUAUUACCUCUACUUUGAUUUUAUGGAUUUAGAAAGUUGGGAGCAGGAUACCCAAGAAGAAACAUUUACUCCCAUUGUAACCUACUUUUCCACAACAGUGAACUAUCUGUGGGUCCGAGAGUUUUCGCAUGUCUUUUACAUGACAGCAACAUUUAUUAUUUGGGUUAAGGCAUUAAUUAAUCUAUUGGUGGCCUGUCUUCUGGUCGAUGGCAUUAAACAGAAACGACUAGUAUGUAUUGCUCCCUGGUUAAUCAAUUCCGGUUUGUCAAUGGCCAUUGAAACGGGAAUUUUUAUAAGUCUGGAACUCAGAAUUGAUGAGUUUGAUGCCGCAGUAGACCGUCGGAUAGCUAGAAGCCUGAUCUUUGGCACAUUUAUAGUUCUCAAUGCGUUAUUUUCUUAUGGCAUAUAUGCUCUAUAUCGCAAGAUAAAGUCUGCGCCAAGCGAUAACAUCGAAAUCAUUCCCCAAAGCCCUCACACAUUUAACGCCUAAAACUAUUUGGAAUCCUCUGGCAGAUGUUUAAAGAUUAAUCUUAAAGUCAUUAUCCCUUUAUGUUUUGGAAUAGGUAAAUAAAAGUACAUAACUGACUAUCCAAACAA